AUGAAGAGAUUCGGCCUCAAACUACGAUCUACCGCGCGCAUCCGCAAUGCUGUCACUGGAGGCAACUUGAGUUUGGUGAAGUGGUUUUAUCAAAAUCGAUUCGAAAUAUGCGAGCCUGGGCUAGCUGUGGAGUAUGGGUACCUAACUGUGGCCUUCUGGCUAUCAGAGGGCGGCUACAAGAUGGAUCUGUCGAAAUUGCUCGAGGGGGUCCCAUUAUCGCUACAUGUGGUAAGGAGAAUUAUGCUUUCGUCCAGUUACGUGGAUUUAGCUCGAUGGCUUUGUGAAAGCGAUCGUGUGGAGCUGCUACUCUCGACACUCAAGAACGAAAACGAAAUCUAUGCGUGGUGGCUGUUGACGCACACACGCUUUGAGCAAGAAACCUCGCAGAUAAAAAUCCGCACAGCUAUCCAGGAGACGACCAGUCCGAUGCGCAAGUGGUUGAUGGCGACUAUCGACGACGCUGAAGUCAAUCGAUUGGGUUUGUCAGGGAAGAGAACGAUGCUGAACGGCGACGUUGCGUCGGAGCAGCUUCUACCACCUUCAAAAUGA